GGCCGGGGCCGGGGCUGGGGCUGCGCGCGUCUCCUCGCCGUCUCCGCUGCCUUCUCCCUGCCGUAAUCCAUCUCAGCCGCAGCGGGAGGAACCUUUCAGGCGCUGUGACUUCUGCCGCCGCCUGUGCUAAAUCCUCCAGCGGGUCCCUGCUGGGGUUACAGUAAACCCGAGCUGCCCCGCGCCCCUCGCCCUGGCCUUGAACGCCUGCCUUCCCAGGCCGGUGCUCCCCGUCCCUCCCCUCCCGGCGCUUCGGCCUCCUGCCCGCAGAGGCGGCUCCCCUCCCCCUCCUCCAGGAGCCUCGCUGAACGCCGCCCGCCACCCUUUCCCCGCGUCUCUGCGGUUGGGUCGCUUCGUUCAAAGCUUUCGGACCCACCACGGGCUGGAAUCCUCCCGUCGCGGAAGGCCCUCGCGCGGCUUUCAUGUCUCUGCACCGUCUGAAGUUCGGAUUGGUUUUGUUUUGGUUUCUCUCCUCCACGUCCCUGGCAGCUGGAAGAGAUGCUUUUGUCCCGGUGGCAGCAGGGUGACCGGGAUGGGGCGACUGCGGGUGGACUGGGUGGAAGCAGAGGCCUGUUGGACUAGGACCACGUGGCGGUGGAGGUGAAGGGAAGGGGCUGGAGGCCUGGCUUUGCCGCCCUUGAUCUUGGGCAGUGUCCCCCGCUAGCUUCCGCUUCUGGGCCUUCGCUCCGGACUGCGGGGUCCUUGCUGGGAGAAGCAGAGCUGCAAGAGGCGUGACUCGGGCCCGGCCACAGGGGAGCAGCCCGCACAGGCGUCCGGCUUUCCUACUUGCUUUCAUGCCCUUGUGUGCAAGGGGUUUGUUCUUAAACCCCCUCUUAAGUGACUCCUCCAAGAAACUGGUGGGAAAGAAGAAACUUCUUUCCAGAAGCUGCAGGAAGAAACUUGAGGCGGACGUGAAGGGUUUGUCCUGUGGUUGCCUUUCCCUGGAGGAGCAAACUCUGUAAGGGCCACGCCCGGGGCUGUCCUCUCUGGGAGACCCUGCGCAGGGCCUGCCACCAACGGAUCAGACCGCACACUUUUGGGGCAGGGCGAUGGUUUUAGAGUCCCUGAAUGUCGGGUUUUGUGCUUAGAAUGAAUCUGACUGGAAACUGAACUAGCUGUGUGUCGUUUUCACUGUAAGAUACUCGAGUUUUCUGGGAAAUGAGGAAAGUGCUCAUGGUGCCUCAGGUUUCUGGUGUUUUAUUUUUUUAAGUUAAUAUAAGUGAUCUUGACACCCAGUGUAGGGCCCGCACUCACCACCCCAAGAUCGAGUCCUAUGCGCUCUUCCGACUGAACCCACCGGGUGCCCCAGGGUGCCUCGGUUUCAAAGCAGCUGCAAGUCCUCUGGGGAGAAGGCCCUGCCAUGUCCCGCCGGCUGGGCUGGCCUGUCCUGUACUGCCUGGCGGCGCUGCUGCUCGGCUGCCUGCUCUUCCUGAAGAAGGAGGCCAAGCCGGUGGGGGGCUCCGCGGCCCGCCAGCCCUUCUGGGCUCCCGCAGGGCCCCGCCGCAGCCAGUGUCCCCCCAACCACACGGUGGCUAACGUCUCCCUGUCCUUGCCUAGCCGUCACCGCCUCUUCCUGACCUAUCGUCACUGCCGCAACUUCUCCAUCUUGCUGGAGCCUUCGCGCUGUGCCGAGGACACCUUCCUGCUCCUGGCCAUCAAGUCGCAGCCUGGCCACGUGGAGCGGCGCGCGGCCAUCCGCAGCACGUGGGGCCGCGUGGGGGACCAGGCUCGGGGCCAGCGGCUGAAGCUGGUGUUCCUCCUGGGGGUGGCGGGCCCUGCGCCCCCUGCCCAGCUGCUGGCCUACGAGAGUCGGGAGUUCGACGACAUCCUGCAGUGGGACUUUGCGGAGGACUUCUUCAACCUGACUCUCAAGGAGCUGCACCUGCAGCGCUGGGUGGCGGGUGCCUGUCCUCACGCCCACUUCAUGCUAAAGGGAGACGACGACGUCUUCGUCCAUGUCCCCAAUGUGCUGGAGUUCCUGGAUGGCUGGGACCCAGCCCGGGACCUCCUGGUGGGAGACGUGAUCCGCCAGGCGCUACCCAACAGGAACACCAAGGUCAAGUACUUCAUCCCCCCAUCCAUGUACCGGGCCCGCCACUACCCGCCCUACGCCGGGGGUGGGGGAUAUGUCAUGUCUAGAGCCACCGUGCGGCGCCUCCAAGCGGCCGUGGAAGAGGCCGAACUCUUCCCCAUCGACGACGUGUUCGUGGGUAUGUGCCUGAGGAAGCUGGGCGUGAGCCCCACGCACCACGCUGGCUUUAAGACAUUUGGAAUACGGCGGCCCCUGGACCCCCUAGACCCCUGCCUGUACCGAGGGCUCCUCCUGGUGCACCGCCUCAGCCCCCUGGAGAUGUGGACCAUGUGGGCGCUGGUGACAGAUGAGGGGCUCAGGUGUGCAGCGGCCCCCUUGCGUCCGCUCCGGGGGGCGGGCUGAGUGAGGAGAGCCCGCGCCGAUUCUCCCCUCAUGACGACAAACUGAGAACCGUGCCCCUUACCCUGAGAGUCUAUAGGAAAUGCUAACCCCGCUUUUGUACCCCCCCAACCUUGCUAACUCUGAUUAAAAACACCGAAACCUC